AUUUUCAAUGGACGAACGAAGCUAUAUUUGUGCUCUACUAUAUAAUAUAUUAUUGUGCCCAGUGGAGACCUCAUCACAAGUCACAACAGCAAUGGCUGGGCUGAAGCUAUACUUGUUCUCCAGUCGAGCAGCGUGCUUCUUGCUCCUCUGUGUCCAUCAUGCGACCGCCAUCUCCUUCAACUACGACAACUCCUUCAGCUCUGACGAUUUCAGAGAGGAGGAUGACGCGAGCAUCACCAACGGCAGGAUUGAGCUCCUCGGUGACGAGGCAAACGCUCGAGCAAGGGGCCGCGUUCUCUACAAGCAGGCGGUGCAGCUCUGGGACGGCGUCACCGGCGAGGCGGCCAGCUUCACCGCGAGCUUCAACUUCAGCAUCCAGUCUCUGCCUGGCCGGAGCAGCACCCCCGGGCACGGCAUGACGUUCUUCAUCGCGCACUACAUGCCCCAACUGCCGCAGGACUCCUACGACGGCUGCCUUGGGCUCUUCGACGAGAGACAUGCUCCGAAAGACGGGACGACGGCGAUCUCCACCAACGCUUCCGGCAGCGCCAGCUUCGUCGCCGUAGAGUUCGACACCCACCGUGACGCGUGGGACCCCAGCAGCCGGCACAUCGGCGUAGACGUGAACAACGUCGACUCACGCGGCAACUUCGAGAUCUUGCCAGAAGGCAGCCUCGUCGACGCCGGCGUGAUGUCUUCGACGGUGAACUACGACAACGCCACGGCGAGGCUGGACGUCGACCUCCGCGUCAUCGGCACUGGCGCCAGGUAUACCCUCUCCGCUACCGUCGACUUGCGAAGCUUGCUGCCGGAGCAGGUCGCGGUAGGCUUCUCGGCGGCCACCGGUGAUGCGUUCUUUAGCUAUCACACCAUACUCUCGUGCUCCUUCAAGUCCACGCUCCCGACAAGGAACGACGCGCCAUUCCCAUCUACCUCGUCAACCAAGAAGGCCACCCUACAACUCAGUGCCGGGGUUGGCGCCGCAGCCGUGCUGGUGCUCCUGCUCGCGGUCACCGUCGCGGUGCUGCUCCGGCGUGCGAGCAGGAGAAACAGGCAAGAACCAGAGGUCGACAAAGACAUGCUUGCCGGCGAUAUGACUCCGGACUCCCUGGAUGCCGCCGCCGACGACGAGUUCGGUUCAAGCACGGGACCCCGGCCCAUCCCGUACGCCAACCUAGCGGCGGCGACGGGGAACUUCGCGGAGGAAGGGAAGCUGGGGCAGGGCGGAUCCGGGUCUGUGUACCGGGGCCACAUGAAAGAAGUCGGCGGCCGCGAUGUGGCCAUCAAGGUAUUCUUGCGAGGGGCGUCAUUGGAGGGGAGGAAGGAGUACAGGUCGGAGGUCACCAUCAUCAGCAGACUGCGUCACCGGAAUCUUGUGCAGCUAAUCGGCUGGUGCCAUGGUCGCAGGCGGCUGCUGCUGGUCUACGAGCUCGUGCGCAACGGCAGCCUCGAUGGAUACCUCUACAGCAAAGACGACCUAAUUCUGACUUGGCAACUCAGAUACCAGAUCAUUGUUGGAUUGGCGUCUGCAGUGCUGUACCUCCACCAAGAAUGGGAUCAAUGCGUCGUCCAUGGCGACAUUAAGCCGAGCAACAUCAUGUUGGAUGAGUCCUUCAACACCAAGCUAGGCGACUUUGGCCUGUCGCGGCUCAUCGACCACGGCAUGAGCUUGCAGACAAUGACCGCCAUGGCGGGUACCCCGGGCUAUCUUGACCCGGAGUGCGUGAUCACCGGCAAGGCGUCCACCGAGUCUGACAUGUACAGCUUCGGCGUGACCCUACUGGAGAUCGUGUGCGGGCGGCGACCGAUGGCGCCGCCCACCGGCGGUGCGAGGGACGGCCAGGUGUUCCGGCUGCUGGAGUGGGUGUGGGAACUUUACGGUAGGGGCGCUGCCCUCGACGCCGUUGACGAGCGUCUCGGCGGCGUGUUCGACCGGUGGGAGAUGGAGCGGGUGGUGGCCGUUGGGCUGUGGUCCGCGCACCCGAACCCAAAGAUGAGGCCGGCGAUCAGGCAGGCCGCCGAGGCGCUGCAGUCAAGGAAGUUCAGGAUGCCGGUGCUGCCGCCCAAGAUGCCGGUAGCCGUGUACCUGCAGCCUUUCGGAGAUUCCACCAUGGAGUACGGCGACAGCACCACCACUGUCGGGUCGGGGUUUACCACGCAGCACUACUCGUCGACCAGCCGUACAACGGCGACGCAAUCUUCAGAUACUACUAGCAUGCCAGCCACUGUAAGUGAGGAGUUGAACUCCAAUAUAUAGAAUACUGUAGUGGACUUCAUAAUUCAAAUUGUGGUGGGCAUAUUAAUUUGUACUGCCGAGUUAUGCCGUGACGCUGCUUGUAAUUAAUAACUGCACUAACAAUGUAGGACCUUUUUGCGAGCUAAGCUAGCUUUCGAAAACGUCUUACAUUGCGAGACGGAGUAGUAGAUUAUGGAGCAGUUGUGAAGUGA